CAUGUUUCCAUCGGCAGUCAAAAAAGUAAAGAAGAAACACAGUCGGAUGCUUACGCUAUCAUCUCAAACAGUACAUAACUCCGUAUCAGGAGUACAUGGAGGCAACCAAAGUACGAGACUCACAGCAAACCGAAGAAGCAUCAGCAUGGGUGCUGGAAGCAAACUUGUGGAUAAGACCGUCACUCAAAUCCCAAAGCAAGGAUUUCGGGUGUUUGAUGAAGAUGGCAAUGAUGUCACUCCUCAGUCAUUGUACAAAUCAGAACCGGGAGUGGUUCAGGGCAAAACCAACAAGUUCUUAAUGGAUGAACUCUCUGUUGGUCCAGCAUCAGAGCAGACAAGUUCCAUGAGGAGCUUCACAGUGUCCUUGUCCAGAUCAGUACUGGGUAGCAGCAGAAUAUCCAACCAUUCCACUACAGAAUCACCAAAAGAAGAUGUUGAAGAUACACUGACUAAACGGGACACGUCCAUCAACGUACCAGUUACACAAAAUGUGCAGAUGAAAAAAGACAUUCUAACAGUGCACUUGACAGAAGACAUAUUAGAAGAAAUCAUAGACAUCCAUAUAUCUGAGACAGAUAACAUUUCACUGUUGGACAUACCCAAUACCUUUGUGUCUGUGGAAGCUGAGGAUGCAGAACAUAUUAUAAGAAGAAACCAUUGCUAUGAUGAGGUUUGCAAGAAAAGUAAGGACAGUGAAGAGUAUGUAGCGCGAUCUAUGCAGACAUUCAAUGGUGCAGUUAAAAACAAACUCAUCCAGACUGACAAGGCUGUCAUGGUGAAUACAGCCACAAAUUGUAUAGAAUGGGACAUAAAUGACAGAUUGUACGGUCUUGAGCAGACUGAGAUGGUUCCCGGCCAUGAAUCAGAGAAGACGGAUGUAAUUCCUAUUCUGAAUGGGAGCAGUGAUCCAGAUGGCAGCACGUCAGUGGGCAGCAUAACCACUACAGGCAGUGGCACCAGUUCACUAAAACAAAUGGACACAUUUGGGGAAUUCUUAAAUGCUGAGUCAGAGCUCCAACGGUCAAAAACAUUCCGACACAGCCUUUUAAUAAUGGAGAGAUGCAUCCUGGGAAACAUUUUCCACCCUAAGCUGGCUGUUUAUAGAAAUCUGCCCAUAACAGAAGACCCAGACUUUACAGUGAGGCCUGGCACUAAGAUGGAUGUGGAAACCUCUCUGACUCCAGAACUGGAGCAUCUCUGGACUUUCAGUUGUGAGCUCAGUAGAGGACACAGUGUGAGCAGCAUGGCCUGGAACAAGAGGAACCUGGACCUUCUGGCAGUGGGCUAUGGUGGUAAAGACUCAGACAACAAAUCAGGAUUGGUCUGCUGCUGGUCCCUUAAAAAUCCCAUGUGGCCUGAGCGAGUCUUCCAUUGUGCCAGUCCUGUGUCUUCGCUGGAUUUCUCAGCCAACAACCCCAGCCAGCUGGCUGUGGGGAUGCAUGAGGGCACCAUCACUGUCUUCAGUGUGCAGAGUCAAGACAACGCAUUUGUCAUCAGCAGCAAUGAAUGUCCCGACAAGCACUUUGGUCCUGUGUGGCAAGUCAGAUGGACUCAAGAAGGUGUAAGCUUAAAUGGAGAUGACAAGGAAGAAGCUCUAUUUUCUGUGGGUGCAGAUGGCAGAGUUUGCAAAUGGAUUGUCUGCAACAGUGGUCUGACAUGCACAGACCUGUUGAAGCUCAAGAAGAUGCCUAAAUCUCUGAAGAAGGCUGCUGAAACCAACAAAGAAAACACAGAUUCUUUUCUAUCAUCAUUAUCACCUGGCCUUUGUUUUGAUUUCCAUCCAAAGGAUACCAGCAUCUACUUGGUGGGCACAUGGGAGGGUCUCAUCUACAAAUGUUCAAUUCAGUGCAACACUGAGCAGUAUCUGGAGACUUUUAUGAAACACUUUUGCUGUGUAAACCAGAUUGCAUGGUGUCCACUGAAUCCUGAUGUGUUUCUGACCUGCUCCUCUGACUGGACCAUCCAGCUGUGGAACCAGGACCACCACAGGCCCAUAUUAGAAUUUACCUCCAACCAGAAGGCUGUGUACAGUGUCCAGUGGUCCCCUAAGUGUGCAACAGUGUUUGGGGCUGUUAAUGGAGGACACGUGGAAAUCUGGGACCUGAAUUCCAGUGUUUUGGAUCCAGCCAUUGUGCACAUUGCUGACCCUGGUGUGGCACUGAAGACCCUAUUGUUUGCCACAGCGACAGAAUGUGUCCUGAUUGGAGACAGUGAAGGACAAGUGACUGUGUACCAUCUGAAGAACCUCAAUGUUGGAGAGAACAGCCAGGUGGAUAUUCUGGAGGGAAUAAUCCAAUCUGCAGUUUCCAGACAGCUUUAGAGCCCACAUGGCCUGACAGAGAUACAAUGUGGUAUGCUUUUGUCUUGGAUGAUGACUAAUACCUUCAAUGCAAGUGUAGUAUAUUUUUGGUUUAUUUCAUAGUUGUGAUUUUAAUUGUUCCUGUUCGCUGAAGUUCGCACAAUCAUUAGUAAAUGUCCAAAGAAGGCAUUUAGUCCUUUGUUAAGAGAAGUAUGCACAUAACUGUGCCAGUAAGUGAGUGGUCAGCUUCCACAUCUAGACUGUUUGGAGUCAGUUAUUUGUAAUAUACACUUGAAAUCAGCUCUCAAACUUUUAAUUGCCUGAUUUGUCUGUGAAAUAAGAAGAAAAUAAAACACAGCUGGCCAUGAAGAAGCUCAGGAGCCAGCUGUGCAGUAACUUGUGGUCUCUUAAAAUGGAGGACUGCACACAAGAGUCCUCAUUUAUGCAUUGUUCACUGUGUGGAUCAGUCGAUAUCUCCCAAUUAAAGCUGAGGUCUGCACUAUGAGCUCGUGUUCAUUCUUUCCUUUUAGUGCUGUGAUCGAUAGAUAAAUGAGAAAAAAACAACCUCUGUCACUGUCGACCUAUCUGUAUUGACACGGGGAGUUGU